AUGGCCAACGCAAUGUUGCUCCCUGCGCUCAUCUCCUUCCUCAUCCUGCCCUUCUCUUCCCUGGCCCUGACCCAGGACUUCUGCGUGGCCGACCUAGCCUGCCCCGACACACCGGCGGGCGGCCCCAACCCCGGCCUGCAGAUCACCGACUACGCCCUCUUCGCCAACAACCUGCCGUCCGCCGUCGUCGAGACCGUCACCUUCCUCGACGACGCGCAGGUCAAGAAGCUCAAGUCCGUGCUCGGCGGCACCGGCUAA